GUAUGUUGAAAACUGCCUUCCACCACUCAAGCCAAGCAUGGGAAUUGCAAUUUCUAUUGCAUCACAUUGAGAAAGUCUGGGAAUAUCACACUGGAUCCAUUCAGACCAAUUCGAGCAAGGGGCACGGCUCCAUUCGAUCUUCAGCCCGAGCUUGUAGCUUGUUAAUUUAAAUCUGCCCUCCCAAGCAAACGAUUUAAUCAAUGCCUUUAUUUUAUUUUAACCAAUUUCUGAGACCGCAGAGAUUGAUGCUCUUCUUUCCUACGAAUGAAUGGAACGUCUUUGCCGAAGAAGACGCGCGCGCUAUACAAGUCCAACGACAAUCUUCGCAAAGGCUCGAAACAGGCGGCCGAACCUCGAACGCUCCAGACACGAGGCGUCCAUUACAGAAAUGGGGAGAAAUGGCAUUGCGCAGGCGCAGUUUGUUUCCCGCGGUUUGCCUCGGCUGUUGGUUUUAGCAGGGAGGGGAGCGGGUCGUCGAGGGCUGGGGCCGCGAUGGCUGCUUCCUCCGUCGGAGUGAAGCCGCUACAGCCCGUCACUCAUGUCAUCUUUGACCUGGAUGGCACCCUCAUAAACACCGAGGAUAUCUUCACCGCCAUCAUGACAGAAUUCUGCAGCCGCUAUGGGAAGACGUACACUUGGAAGGAAAGAUCCCAGCUCAUGGGGAGGAGAGAAGUGAACGCCCUGGAGAUUCUCCGAAAGCUUUUCGACCUGCCCUUAACCGUCGAAGAAAUCCUCCGCGAAAUCGCCCCGAAGAAACGAGAACAAUAUCCCACCUCUGCCUUAAUGCCCGGCGUGGAAAAGCUGGUCCGCCAUCUGCACGGGCACAAGAUCCCCAUCGCCGUCGCCACCAGCUCCGUUCGCGAUGCGUUCGAGAUGAAAACGGAGCGACUGAAGCCCUUUUUCGGGUUGUUCCAUCACAUUGUGACGGGAGAUGACCCCGAAGUUAAAAACGGCAAGCCGGAGCCCGAUAUAUUUUUGGUUGCGGCCAAGAGGUUCGAACCGCCGGUAAGUCCGGCAAAGUGCCUCGUCUUCGAAGACGCCUCGACCGGGGUCAAAGCCGCCCUGGCUGCCGGCAUGCAAGUGGUCAUGAUCCCCGACGGCGGUUUGCCAAGAGAACUGACGAAAGAAGCCACCCGUGUCCUACAAUCAAUGAAUGAUUUCAAGCCAGAAAUGUUUGGCUUGCCGAAGUUUGAUUGACAUUUGCUAGCAGUUGAUCUUACCGAUUCAGAUUUUCUGACCGGAGGACAUUUCUUCCAGUAUUAAAAGCAUUCCAACAAUUCCUAAGUGGUACUAUAAAAGCAUGCUCUCUAUUCCUGGAUAAGUCGCUUAUUGCAAUCCACCACUCCUAGGUGGAAAAAGAUGAGUUGUAUUUAUUAUUCCUAUGUUGCUAACAAAUACCCUGCCAAGGAAUACACUGGUGCCUUGCAUGGGAGUGUAUGUAACUUACUCAGUAGCUUUCCAUACAAAAUAACACUUAUCUUUGCUUGUGAUUCAUUACAACAUUCGAAAUUUCUAGCUGGGGAAUGCUGCAAUCUUGUCUCCAACUGAUACCCUAUCCUCCCAAAAUAAGAUGCAGUCAAUCCACUUACUGCUCAUGUUAAUUUGAUUCCAAUACGAUUAACCAUGGUCUGUUAACUAUAACAUUGCAUGAG